AUGGGAGACCCAAAAUCUACACCCACCGCCGCCGACGCUGCCACCAUAACACCGGAGCCGCCGCCAGAUUCUUCAACUCCUCCGCCUCCGCCGCUGCCACCCGCAAGUUCCUCCCCCAAUGGCCUCGUCCAACCGUCCAAAAGAAAGAAGCACAAGACCAAAGUCUUUCGAGUAUUCCGCUCUGUCUUUCGAUCGUUCCCCAUCAUGACGCCUGCAUGUAAGAUCCCGUCGCUCCCAUCUGGACUAUCGGAUACGCUUCGUACACCCUCUGGUAGUCGCGUCACCGGGACGUUGUUUGGUUAUCGAAAAGGUCGGGUGAGCCUGUCGAUGCAGGAGUCGCCACGAUGUUUACCAAGCAUCGUGAUAGAGUUGGCGAUGCAGACAAACGUGUUGCAGAAGGAAAUGAGUUCCGGGAUGGUGAGGAUCGCUCUCGAGUGUGAGAAGAGAGCGGACAAGGGCGACAAGACGAAGCUAAUGGAUGAGCCAUUAUGGACCAUGUUCUGCAACGGCAAGAAGAACGGCUAUGGCGUGAAAAGGGAGGCGUCGGAGGAGGAUCUCAAAGUUAUGGAGUUCCUCCGGCCGGUGUCGAUGGGCGCCGGAGUGUUGCCGGGAAAUUCCGACGUAUCUGCUACUCUACUUUAUUCCCAUGUAAAUGCUACUGAUUUGGGCCAGAUGUUUGAGCUCUUUGUUGAAUUGAGCGUUCGGCUUCGCGUUAAUCUUAURGGGUAA